CUCUGUGUAAUCUCUUUAUAUUUUGUAGUCAUUCGUAUUAAUUUUUAAUUGUGCAAUGAUUUCAGAAAGAUAGUCUCAAGCAUGUGAAGAAUGGUGCUCUGAAAUUCAUAUGCACAAGUGUUUGCUUAUAGAUAAAUUUUUUUCCAUUUUCCUUGUCUGUCAAAUGUUCGAUAAAAUGCAUCAAUGGAUAGCUAUUGUGAAUUUGUUUUCUAAGUGGAUUUUUAAAAAUUUGGACCUUUGAUGAUAGAAUUUUGAGUGAAAAACCUCUCUGUUUGGUUUGGAAUUCUCAAAAUCUUUUGAUUCUUAUUUUUUUAGUGAAGUUUUUAAUAUUUUAAUCAAUUUUUUUACCUUUUUAAAUUCACCUAAUCUAUAGACACUUCAAAGUACAAAAUUUGUACAACUUUGCUUUUUCAAUGAUUUUUUGGAAGAAUUUUGCACAAACUUCAAAAUUUUAAGUUUAUUUAGAUUGUGAAAUCUAAAAACCAAAAUAAUUGAUUAAAAUGUUUCAAAAAUUCACUAGUAAAAUGUAACUACUAAUCUUGGCUAAGUAAAUCCAUGAUCUAAUAAAUUCACAAUAUUGUUCGCAUGAACAGAGAAAGAGAAACUUGAGGAGAGCACUGUGGGCAGGAUCAGCAACCUACAAAGCUAAAUGUCAAAAACACAGAUUAGCGGAACCACAAAAAAUGUUACAGGAAAGGAAAAUAUAUAAUCAAAAGCUAUAAACAUCAGAUACAACCUUUAAGAGGUUAUGGCAACUAUUUCAUCAUCCUGUGAUCAGGUUGAGGAUGAAGAAGAAUAUGUAUUGCUUGAUUUGGAUGGGGUUUCUGGGCAAGUUGACAUUCCACCAAAUGCACCAUAUGUUCUAUCUGGUCUGGACACGAUUAACCCAAUUUUGGUUAUCGACAACAAAUUAAAGCUGAUUGGAGAAUAUGAAGAAACAAUUGGAACAUGCUUUGUUUUCACUGAGGGGGAAGCUGCCCCGGUGGUUCAUGAAGAGACAGGACCAUCUGAAGCAAACCUUUUCUCAGGCAAAUUCAUAAUAGACCCAAAGCAAGCUCCAUCCAAGGAAGUCAAGCCGAUUGCUCGACUCCAUAAGAUUCUAAGAUUCAGCUUACUACCCGAGACUGAGGUUGAAGACUCAACACCGACAGCGAAACAGACUACUACAUGAUUUAACUGUGAAUGGAUUACAUUCCAAAUAGAAGUGUUGAUAUUCACUUAUUUCAAAAUGGGAGAAAAGGCUGAGCAGAUAGAGCUUUGCAGAAGUCAAAAGUGGUGUACGGUAGAGGUUAUUGUGAGACUUCAACAUUGCAUUGGUCCCACAGUGAUAAUGAUCCAGAGCUUCACGUGCAUUGGUAGGUAAUUCACAUUGAUUCACAUUGGGACCAAUCACUCUCAUUUCAAAAUGUCUUAUGUAGAUGUUAUUAGUAAUUUUUUUUAUUUUAUGGGGAUACCAGUGAUUAUAUUACUAUUUAUAUCUAUUGGUCAUUUGACGAAUUUAUAAGAAACAAGAGACAUUCAUAAUUGAAAAGAGGAAUUCAUGCCUGCGCACAACAUUAAUUAACCGACUCUUUUUGGAGUUUUAUGGUUUUGAGACUGGUGUGCUCUCGGGAGCCAUACAUUCACUCCAUGGACGGUUGGGAUUGGGUAAGGAUUGAUUGAUGGGAUUACUGGUCUGCUGGUAUUAGAUUAGGAUGGGAGAUGAAUUGUGUUUCUUUGGGUAUAGUUUGGUAGUAUUACUUAGUUUUGUAAAACUAUGUAAAAGUCAUUAUAUAAAAAGCUACUUUGUUAUUUUUGCAAAGUAAGAAUAGAAUGAUA